CUCCCCAAUGGCUGUUAUCUCGGGUUCGCUGGUGGGACAAACAGCCGCAACUUCUCAUUACUUGUCCUUCUGCGACACAACUUUGGAUGCCGAGAAUGUAUCUCCUCGUCCUCUUUGUUGCGGCUCUGCAAACACUCAACGUGACGCCCGUGCUACAUACGCUGAGUUAUUUAACCACAGCAUCCUCUCAAAUUGCAAAGCUGCCAGAGUUCUGGGAGGUCGCGUAUGUUGACGGCGUUCAGAUUGUGCAGUUUGACAGCAAGAGCCGGAAAACAAAAGCCAAACUGGACUGGAUGAACAAAAUCGCAGUAGAGGAUCCAGACUUGUGGGAGCGAGAGAUGCGCGUCAGUCUUGGCAAUGAACAGGUGUUCAAGGUCAACAUUGAAAUCAUAAAAGAGCGCUUCAACCAAACUGGAGGCGUUCACAUGAUGCAGUGGAUAAAUGGCUGUGAAUGGGAUGACGAGACUGGUGAGGUGAAUGGUUGGAAUGAGUACAGGUAUGACGGAGAAGACUUCAUCUCAUUUGAGUGGAAAACGAUGAGAUGGAUCGCAGCGAAUCCAGAAGCUUUCAUCACAAAGAACAAGUGGGAACGAUCGGACGGCCUAAAAGAAUACACCAAGAGUUACGUCACUGAGAUUUGUCCUGUUUUCUUGAAGACGUAUGUGAGCAAUGGGCGGGACUUCCUGAUGAGAACAGAGCUUCCCACGGUGUCCCUCCUCCGGAAGACACCUUCCUCUCCGGUCACCUGCCACGCGACGGGUUUCUUCCCCCGCACAUCGGAUCUUUUUUGGAGGAAGGACGGCGAGCAGCUGCACGAGGACGUGGAGAUGGGCGAGGCCGUGGACACCGCCCAGACGCUCCCCAACCACGACGGAACCUUCCAGACCAAGGCCCACCUGAAAGUGGAGGUGACGCCCGACGCGGAGGCCAAGUACGAAUGUGUGUUCCGGCUGGCCGGCGUCGAGGAAGCCAUCGUCGUUAAGUUGGACGGCAAAAGCAUCCUGAGCAACGCGCGCGUCCCAGAAGAAGAACAACUCAAGGAGAUGGUGGUGGCCAUCGCGGUCACGUUGGGAGUCCUGGCUCUGCUGGCGGCGGGGGUGGCGACGGUCCUUGCCAAGCGUCGCCGGACCAGACAAGCCCAAUACUCUGCAGCAUCCGUUUCCACCGAUCCCGAGCCCCUUGCCAAGUCAGACACGGCGGCCGUCGCACAACGUCAAGAACACAAGUGGGCCUGCUGAGCACUUUCUCAUCACACCGCCUCUGAAAACGCUGACGUUUUUUUUCUUCUUCAAGCGGACCAUCUGUGCGAUUUAGGUUCUGUUAAGUCACGCUCAAAGGUUUGUGGUUUUGGGGGGGUUUGAGGUUUCUGUGUGAAAAUGCCUUUUUUGUAGCAAUCAAUUGGCGAAUUCAAGAACUGAAUGUCAUCAAGGUCACGAUUGAAUGGGAUUUUAUGGUCCUCCAAAAAUGUGCUCGAUGGUUUCGAUGG